GGAGCAGUAAUACAUUAAAAGGAGCACUGGCUUCCUCCAAAAGCGCUAAGUUUAAAAACAAGCGCACCCUAUCUACACUCGCCUCUGUGUCGAAUUUACGGAAGAGGAGUUUCAGGCGUGGCAGAACGGCUUCCGUCUCAACAGCGAAAAUGACAGCGACUCUGCGUCCAUAUUUAAAUGCGGUAAGGGCCACCUUGCAAGCAGCACUGUGUCUGGAAAACUUUUCCUCUCAGGUGGUCGAACGUCACAACAAGCCAGAGGUGGAGGUCAGGAGCAGUAAGGAGCUGUUACUUCAGCCUGUGGUGAUCAGCCGCAAUGACAAGGAGAAGGUUCUCAUUGAGGGAUCCAUCAACUCAGUCAGAGUCAGCAUUGCUGUCAAACAGGCUGAUGAGAUCGAGAAGAUCCUUUGCCACAAGUUCAUGCGCUUCAUGAUGAUGAGAGCUGAGAACUUCUUCAUUCUGAGAAGGAAACCAGUAGAGGGAUAUGAUAUUAGCUUUUUGAUUACCAACUUCCACACAGAACAAAUGUAUAAACACAAGCUGGUGGAUUUUGUCAUCCACUUCAUGGAGGAGAUUGACAAGGAGAUCAGCGAGAUGAAGCUGUCUGUCAAUGCCAGGGCUCGUAUUGUUGCUGAGGAGUUCCUCAAGAAUUUCUGAUGAGUGUUGUCCCAUGGUUCCUCACAAGCUGCCAAACGCGUAAAGGACCAAUCGGCACAACAGUGGGGACGUGUAGGUGCAUACAGCCAAUCAGGAAGGAGAUAACGUGACGGCAUCUGCACCUGUCUUGAGCAUUUCCCUGUAUGCAUGAAUAUCAGCGACUGUAUAUAAUGAAAUAUUUCCCAGUUUAAUUUUUCUGCCUAGAACAAAUCCCCAACAAAGGCGGGUCCUUAAAAUAUUAAUUUGAUAGCCGUGGAUACAGGGGCAUUGAGAAUGCGUUGCUGUAAACACGCUCUGUAUUUUGUGUAGG